UGUUUCCAGGAGUUUGGCCGCUACUCCAUGCCCCUUUUGGUCCCUUCUUUUGGGGAGAACCGCGAAUGACCAAGACCCUCCAGGGAAAGAAAGCAGCGCCCCAGUUCCCGGUGCCGCCAGGAAGCCUUGAGCCAUGUGGACCUUUCUGGGCAUUGCCACUUUCACCUACUUCUAUAAGAAGUGCGGGGACUUCAUCACCUUGGCCAACAGGGAGCUCUUGCUGUGCGGGCUGCUCUUCCUGUCGCUGGGCCUGGUGCUCUCCUACCGCUGUCGCUACCGGAGCGGGGGCCUCCUGGGCCGGCAGCAGAGCCGGGCCCGCGGCGCCGCCUUCUCGGAUGUUCUGUCCGCCUUGCCCUACGUGGGCGUCUUCUGGGCCAAGGCCCCCUCUGGAUCCGAAAAGAAAGAGCAGCUGCGGUCCAGGAGGCAUCAAAAAGGAACAAAUAUUUCAGAAACUACCUUAAUAGGAGCAGCAAUAACUUCUCAAAAUGAUCCAGAAAUUAUCAUUGUGGGAUCUGGUGUACUUGGCUCUGCUAUGGCAUCAGUGCUUUCCAGAGAUGGAAGAAAGGUGACAGUAAUUGAGAGAGAUUUAAAAGAGCCUGACAGGAUAGUUGGAGAAUUUCUGCAGCCAGGUGGCUAUUGUGUCCUUAAAGACCUUGGUCUUGAAGAUACAGUGGGAGGCCUUGAUGCCCAGGUUGUGGAUGGCUACAUAAUACAUGAUCAGGAAACCAAAUCACAGGUUAAGAUUCCUUUCCCUCUGUCAGAAAACAAUCAAGUGCUGAGUGGAAGAGCUUUCCAUCAUGGAAGAUUCAUCAUGAGUCUCCGGAAGGCAGCUAUGGCAGAACCCAAUGUAAAGUUUAUUGAAGGUGUUGUACUCCAGUUACUAGAGGAAGAUGAUGCAGUAAUAGGAGUUCAGUACAGGGAUAAAGAAACGGGAGAAAUCAAGGAACUCCAUGCUCCACUGACUAUUGUUGCAGAUGGGCUUUUCUCUAAGUUCAGGAAAAAUUUGGUCUCCCAUAAAGUUUUGGUUUCAUCUCAUUUUGUUGGCUUUCUUAUGAAGAAUGCACCACAGUUUAAAGAAAAUCAUGCUGAACUUAUUUUAACUAAUCCGAGUCCAGUUCUCAUCUAUCAGAUUUCAUCCAGUGAAACUCGAGUACUUGUUGACAUUAGAGGAGAAUUGCCAAGGAAUUUAAGAGAAUACAUGACUGAAAAAAUUUACCCACAAGUACCUGAUCACUUGAAAGAACCAUUCUUAGAAGCCAUUCAGAAUUGCCGACUGAGAACCAUGCCAGCAAGCUUCCUUCCUUCUUCACCAGUCAACAAACGAGGUGUUCUUCUUUUGGGAGAUGCACAUAAUAUGAGGCAUCCUCUUACUGGUGGAGGAAUGACUGUUGUUUUUAAAGAUAUAAAACUAUGGAGUAAACUGCUAAAGGGUAUCCCUGACCUUUAUGAUGAUGCAGCCGUUCUCCAGGCCAAGAAAUCAUUCUACUGGACAAGAAAAAAGUCUCAUUCCUUUGUUGUGAAUGUCCUUGCACAGGCUCUUUAUGAAUUAUUUUCUGCCACAGAUGACUCCCUGCAUCAGCUAAGAAAAGCCUGUUUUCUUUAUUUCAAACUUGGUGGAGAAUGCGUUGCGGGUCCUGUGGGGCUGCUGUCUGUAUUGUCUCCUAACCCUCUAAUUUUAAUCGGACACUUCUUUGCUGUUGCAAUCUAUGCCAUGUAUUUUUGCUUUAAAUCGGAACCUUGGAUUUCAAAACCCCGAGCCUUUGUCAGUAGUGGUGCUGUUUUAUACAAAGCAUGUUCUGUAUUAUUUCCUCUUAUUUACUCAGAAAUUAAGUACUUGGUUAAUUAAGCUUAAAGGAGAGCCAUUUGUGAAUGAAUAUUUGGAACUCCCCGAGUCCCAAGAGACUUUUGCAAGUGAAUGUAUAUAGCAUAUACUAUAGUACUUUUCAAAUGUAAAUUCUUGGACCAAAAUUAGGAUUAAUUUGUUUUGGAAGUUAUCUGUGUAUAAACAUGUAAAUAAAUCCUUUAAUUUGCAAUUUAAAAUGAAGGGUGAAGUAAGUGAGAGAUGUAAAAGAAAUGAUUGUGAAAUUAAGCUAAUACUAAGGAACUGAAUUCACCAUCUGGUCUGCAUCAUUGUGGGACAUGCAAAUAAAGUGAAGAGUGAA